AUGGCAAGACCUGAUCAGCAGCCUCAAUCUCAAUCGGAUGAUCCCCAUGCUCAAACUCAAAUUCAACUUUCUGAGAGUUAUCAAACCGAGGAUCACAGUCAGGUUGAAAUUGUGAAUCACUCGGAAUCCCAGGUUACUAAUCAGACUCCCAUAAGCUCAGUGCAAGUAUUGGCCAUUGUCUCGUUGACUAUCAGAGUAGCUACUUGGAUAUGCCUCUUGGCAUCGCUAAUCGUUCUAGCGUCUGACACUUCUACCAUCAAAGGGCUCUAUAGAAACGUAAAAAUCGGGUUCAACGAUAUCUAUUCUUAUAGGUACAUGAUGUCAGCCAUAGUGAUUGGUUUUACGUAUACAUGUGUCCAACUACCCAUCGAGAUAUACCAAGUAAGCAUGGGUAAACGUGUUAUGAUUGGCAAUGGGCUCCCUAUGAUCAUCUUUUUUGGCGACAAGUUCCUAUUAUCUAUGUUAGCAACGGGUGUUGGUGCAGCAUUUGGUGCUACAUUUGAUUUGAAGAAAAACCUUGAUGACUUGGAUGACUAUCUAGAGUCCAUCGGUGAACCACUUUUUUCUCAACUUCGAACAAAGCUUGAUAACUUCUUCAACAUGGCUUAUGUUUCAUCUGGCUUACUUCUUAUUGCAUUCUUAUGUUCGAUAGCUUCUUCUAUUUUAUCUUCAUUUUCCUUUCAAAAGAAAUGA